AUGGCCGACGGCUUGAACGUGAUCCACGCGCUCGCAUCUCGAAUGUGGCGUACCGGCCAUCGAUCGAGACAUUUCACAGAAGCGAAUUUACGUCGGCAUUUUAUGGGCCAGACCACUGCCUCCGCCUUCCAAUUGAUCAAGAGGAAAGCAAAUCUCUUACUAAACAUUGCCCUCAUUGCCCUCUCCUCCUUCUGUCCAGGUCUCGUCUGGCCCAUGGUCGGUAUCACGGCCUGUGCACUGGCGCAGCGUCGCCAUGGUAAUGGCACUAUCCGACCCGAGGCCGAAUGCACAUUUAUCUACACUGCUUUCGCCGCCUCCAACAGUUAG